UUGUGAAAAUUGUCGACUUGAAUAUAAUUAUUAUUAGCUGAGAUAAUGCUAUAUUAAUCAAAUAUCACAAAAUUAUAAUUGAGUUAUAAUCAGUCAAAUUCUGCAAGUAAUCUACUUUUGACUGAAUGAAAUUCCAAUUGAACAGUAAUAUUAUUCUAGCAAUACUCUGCUGUCAAUUCUAUCUUAAGAUAUAUUAUUAUUCUAUAAGGUGAUACAUUUAAACAUGACAAGCUGUGCUUUACAUGCAUGAUGAUGAUGUAAACGCGGUAAACAGCUGUUAUUACAGUUUCUUCAGAAACAACUGAUACGAUAACAUCGAUAGUGACUACUUAUCGAACCUGCAAAAUUAUCCUCUUUUGUAUUACAAGUGUAUCUAUCAUCAACGAAAAUAUAACUUUGAUCUUAAAUAAAAUUGUCCAGAACAAUCAAUAAUUGAUGUCUUGGAUUGAAUGUAUUAAUUGUCGUUGAACGACACAUUUAAAAAAUCGAAAUGGAAAUACUUGCUUGUAGAAGAAACGUGAAGAAGGUGUUACGUUUCACAAAAAUCUUUUAUUAACCAGAUGGUUUGUGGCAGUGAUGCCCUCGUCGGAGGAGGAAAGCCAGUGGCUUGUUGGCAGCGGGGGUGGUCUUGCAUCUUCCGGUGGUGGCACGAUAUCCGGAACUGGAGAACGUACGUUAAAUAUUAGAGGAGGAUUAUAUACUGAAGAGAUGACGACUCAACCAACGAACACGAACACUGCAAAUGUGAACACUGGUUCAGCCGAUUCUGCUGAACAUGAUCUUAUUGACUCCACUGCGGAUGCAACACUUUUAGCACAAUUUCACGAAGAUGCUAUCAAACAGGCUGGUGUUGGUUACUUCCAAUUAUUAGCUGCUCUAUGCACAGGUUUGAGUCUUGCAGCAGAUACUGUUGAAUUUUUUGUUGUACCAUAUAUUUUACCAAGUGCUGAAGUUGAACUUUGCAUUGAGGACAAUGAAAAAGGAUGGCUCAGUAAUAUUACUUUAAUGGGCCUUGCAUUAGGUGGACUAUUUUGGGGUGGUUUGGGAGAUAGAAUUGGUAGACGAAGAUCUUUAUUAUCUGCAAUGGCUGUUCAUGCUUUAUUUAGUGGUGUUGCAACUUUUAUGCCAACUUAUGGAACUUUUAUGUGUGCUAGAUUUUGUUCUGCAAUUGGAGUAGGAGGAUCUUUACCAUUAGCAUUUACAUACCUCGCAGAAUGUUGUCCAAGAUUAAGCAGAAGUAGAUGGGUUGGUUUAUUAGUAGCAGCAGGAGCAUUGGGAGGUGUAUAUGCAGCUCUUCUAGCAUGGGUAGUAGUUCCUACAACUGGAGAAAUGGUAGUUCUUGAAAAUAAAGAACAUUUCAGUGCUUGGCAUCGUUUUCUUUUACUUUGCUGUUUACCUGCAUUAUGUUCUACUAUUGGGCUUAUUUUUCUACCAGAAAGUCCAAGAUAUUUGGUAGAGGUUGGUAGAGAUGUGGAGGCAAUGAUGGUUUACCAGAAAAUAUAUAAAAAAAAUAAUACGCGGAAAGGUGCAACAGGUGCACAAUAUCAACUUUCUGAAUUAGAGCUUCCAACUAAAAGGCCUCGUGGUUUAGCACCUCCAUCUCCUAGUAAUCAUACUAGUGUUUUGGCUGAUAUAAUUUAUUCCAUUGAGAUGUUCUGGAAUUCCUUUUUAGAAUUAUUUGUGUCGCCUCAUUUGCGCGUCACAGUAGUGCUUAUAAUUAUUUGGUCAACUGUAUCAUUUGGAUUAUAUGGUCUUAUGGUAUGGUGUCCCGAAUAUCUUAAACUUUUGCGUGCUACAGAAUAUAAAGCUCAUAAAGUUCUAUUUCAUGAUGAAAUAUACAAAGGAAAAACAUUCAAUGGUUCUUUAGAAAAUUGUCAAUAUAAAGAUUCAACAUUUUUGAAUUGCAAAUUCAGUAAAAUGGUAUUCAGUCAUGUAGAUUUCGAUAAUUGUACUUUUCAAUCUGUAGAAUUUAAUAACAUAAAAUCUAGUAAAACUCAUUUUACACACAGUAUUAUUGUGCAUUCAAAAUUUGUAGAUACAGAUCUAUCUGCACAAGUUUUUACAAAUUGUACACUUGAAAAUAAUACAGAAUUAAGUUUAAGAGGACCGUGUCCGACUCUCGAUUUGGAUUAUAAUAUUUACAUAGAAGAAGCAUUACAUGGUCAUCUUGUUGCUCAAUUAUCUUUUGUACCUGCUGCUGCUUUAGCAGGGCUAGCAUUAACUGUGUUUCAACGGCCAAAGAUGAUUGGUAUUUCAUUAUUUUUCUCCUCAAUAGCUGCUUUAUGUUUAAUUUUAGUGGGCACAAAUAGUUCUGCAGUGCUUGGUUUUGAAGGUGGUUUUAUAGCAGUUUUUGCUAUUGCUUGGACAUCUCUUACAUUGGUUACAAUUGAGAGCUUCCCAACCCAUUUAAGGUGUACUGGUUCGGUUUUAUAGCAGGCGUCAUAAGAAUAUGUGGUUUAAUAGGAACUACAACUUAUAAAACUUUAGUUAGCGCACCUCUUAUUGCGCCUGCAUUGCUAACCGCAUUACCGUUAUUAGUAGCUAGUGUUGCAACAUUCAAAUUGCCUCAUACACAUACAGUUUUCUUGUAAGGAUAUUAUGAGUAAGUGAAAAAAAAAA